AUGGACUUUCUUCAUUCCGCAACAGAGGCGCUCUACAACAGCUUCUCACCCAGCAACAAAUCCGAGGAGGCAGCCGUCGAGCUGAGAGCUACGCUGGGCGAAGGCCUCUGCGUGUGCGUCGUGGGCGAGGCAUCCAACGAGCUGAGCCGCGCCGUCGCCACGCAGUGCUCGGAGGUCUUGGGGAAAGAGGCGGUCUUCGUGACCUCGGGACAGGACUCGGCGCACGUCUUCGCCGACUUCUGCACCUCCGAGGUCUUCCACUUGGUGCCCACGUGGGAUUCCACGGGCUUCCGCGGAACGGAUCUGCCCGUGGGCACCGAUGCGCAAGACUGCUCCGCCAUCUUGGGCACCUUGGGUGAGGCCUUCUUGGUCUUCCCGGGCGCCGAGCCGGAAGUGCUCACGAAAGCAGCUGCACGCUCGGCCGCCAUCCUACCACUGCUGAAUGCGGAGCCUUCGGCUGAAAAGCCCUGGUUCGUCACCGAGGAGCAGUGGAAGGUCUUGCGCGAUCCAGAGGCUGCUGCCGACAAGGUGGCAGCCGCUUGUGCUAGUGCCUUGGGGAGCUUUGACAUACAUCACAAAGCUGUUGCAGAACCUGAUCAAUGUGAUGAGCUUUGCUACGUGGAUCCCGAUGCCGAGAGGUGGGCACAGCUGGCAGAAGUGGCUCAAAUGGAUGUACCUGAUGUGAAGAAGGGAAAGAUGCGCUUGCAGGGCAGCUUCCAAGGAACUGCGACGACGCAUACACAUCAGAUGGACUUGAACAUUGGUGUGAACAUGGAGAUGCCCUCCAAGGUUGCGGCCAAGACCAUGAAGCAGCUCUCCGAUUCAGGCUUGGUGCCGCAGGAGGCACAGGAGGCGUUGGAGUCGGAGCGCCGCAGCUCAGGCGUCUUUGGUGCAUUGGCUGACUAUUUCCGGAAAGACUCCCAGGAUGCGACGGCGGAUGUGUCCUCCAUGAUCAUGAACAGCAUGCAGAUGAAGCUCGAUGACGUGCAUGCAACCUACGAGGCGCAACAGGAGGAACUUCGGCAAGCGUUGGAUGAGGCGAAGUCGGAGGUACAUCAGAUGACGAAGAAGGUGAAGCAGCUUGAGGAGGAGAAUCAAAUCUUGGAGUCGAGAAGUCGCCAGGACUCGGGCAAGCUGAACGGCAAUGACAAAGAGGCCGAGCUCGAAGCACUUCGAGGUCAAUUGUCCGCGAAGGAUGCGGAGCUUUCUGCCAAGGCCAAAGAGUUGGAGGCAGCGUCCAUCCGCCGGAAAGAAGAUUUGGAGGAUCAAGCGCAAGCCGCGAAGGACUUGGCUGCUUUGAAUCGCUUGGAGAAGGCCUUGCAUCAGGCGCAUGCCCGGUUGGAGGCGCUGGAGCAAGAAAAGCUCUUGCUUCAAGGAGAACUGAACGAGCUGAAAGCCAGCCAUGCACGAGCCUGUGGAGAGCUGGAUUCCUUGAGGGAGAUGCCAUCGCCCAGUGCACACAGGGAGGCACGAGCCAAGCUUGAGGAGAAGCAGCAAGAGUGUGAAGGCUUGGCCCAAAAGCUGGCCGUGACGGAGGCCGUCGCCCGCGAUGCCAAGCGGCGCUUAGAGGACUUGGAGGCGCAAGUCUCCGCUCUAACAGGCCGAGAGGCUGAAGCCAAGAGUGGCGCACAGGAGGCAUCCAAUCAGCUGUUGGAAAAGGCGGAAGAGAUGGAAAGGCUGAGAGCGGAGAACCAAGAAAUGAAGGAAGAAUUGGCGAAGGUCACUACGUCGGAAAGAAGACUGACAUCCACCGUGGCCCAGAUCAAUGAACGCUUGUCCGCCAGCGCCAAGCCUGAGACCGGCUCCAGACCGAGCUCCUCCGAGCUGCAGAAGUUGCUGAAACUGCACCAGGACCUGCAGGUGGAGCACGAGAAGUGCUUGAAAUCUUUGGAUGGCUUGCAGGGCGAGCGUGCCAAUUGGCAGGAUGAAAUGGUCGCGUUGAAAAAGACCUGUAGUCAGCUCCGACAUGAAGCAGACCAGGUGAAGACCACCCUGGUCGCAGAAGUGGCUGGAAAAGCAGCUUCUGUCGCACAGGUGGCGCAAGAGAAAGAAGUGGCCAGCACGCUCAAGCAGGAACUGGCAGAGCAGCAGCAUCGCUUCGCACAGGUGAGUCGUACUUCCAGCUUCUUGCGCCGGGUGAAGACUUGGGAACUCCACUUGCCUUUGCGGCUGGGGCUUCUGUUCCGACGGUUGAGGUUUUGCUGGAUCGUGGUGCCUGCAGAACGAUUAUGGGCAUGUGCUGCCAAGGCUCAGGCAUUGAAGACGAUGGAGGUAGAACUGGCACAGUGGCAUCAGGUGCAAGAAGAUGCUGUUCGAAAGCGUCCCGGAGGAUCCAAACUGCAAGCCUCAGCCGGUCGACUCAGCCGACCCGAUGUGAAGACCUUCCUUUUCCAAGAUGAGGGCCAUCCAUCCAUGCCGUGCUCGAAGCGAGGUGAUUGCCAUGAAGUACCUGUGUGCACUUCACUCACCAGGGGUGCCGAGGCCAGUGUCCUGGCGGCCAAGGUGAAGGACCUUGAAGCCAAACUGCGGCACGUGAGCGACCGGAGCGAUGAGCGCGCCUUUGAACAGUCUCGGGCCGCUGGCGAGGAGCGGGAAGGUGCCGAGUUACGCCGACAGCUCCAACAGGCAGUGGAGGAGCAGCUGCAAGCCGUCGAGAAGGCCAAAGCAUGGCAGCAGCACCUGGAAACUGCCCAAAGCCAAAUCGCGGACUUGACCAGCGAACUUGAGGCGCUGAGGAAGUCCAGCGCCGAGGAGCGCAUCAUGGCUGCCACGCGAGAGCUUUCCGAAGAGGACAUGGAUCUCUCACUGACGGCCUCCGAGGACAAGCAGCUUCGCUCACGUCCAGGCGUCAGCCGCUCGGUGAUCGUCCGCUCCAUGCCGAUGAGAAGUGGGGCUUUGGGCACGCGGGCCUCUCCCAUGACCACGUACAAGUCUAUGCCAGCAACGGCACCUCAAACCAUGCAGGCAGGGCGUCGGACUGGCAAGGUGACGCACAUUGGUACUACCACAACCAUUGGUAACGUCUCGGUCUUUUCUCCUUCCGCUGAGGUGAGCGGCACAUUGAGCAACUCGCCCCUUCCGGCACCAGCAUUUUCUCAGGUCGCAACGGUGCAGCGGAGCAGUGUGGGGGCAACUCCCGUGGCAUCGGUGCAACUGCCCACCGCCGCAGGGCUGGGCUCAGCCUUGGCGAAGCUGCGAAGCUUCAACGAACGCAGCCAGGCCAAGCGGCCCUUUGGUCCGCGCAAGGAUCCUUUGGGCAAGUGGCCCACCGAAAGCUGUCCAACGGCUCGGCCGGUGAAGCCGGUCUCGCCGGUGCCCUCGGACAUUGACAUCGCCCAGUCCGUGAAGCCCGUGCCAGUGAAGGAGGUGUUCAAGGGGGCUUUUGGUCUGAAGGAGGAAGAUGUCUUCUCCUAUGGCCCCUACAAGGGCAAGAUCAAUCUGAACAUUUGGAGCAAGCUGAAGGACAAGCCGAAUGGCCACUACGUCGUGGUGUGUGGCAUCAACCCAACCCCAUUGGGUGAAGGGAAGUCGACCACCACGGUGGGACUCUCUCAAGCGUUGGGUGCCUUCCUGGGACAGAAGGUCCUCACCAACAUCCGGCAACCCUCGAUGGGCCCCACCUUUGGCAUCAAGGGCGGAGCGGCGGGCGGAGGCUAUGCGCAGUGCUUUCCCAUGGAGGACUUUAACCUGCACAUGACGGGUGACAUUCACGCGAUUACGGCGGCACACAACUUAUUUGCCGCGGCCAUCGACACACGCUACUAUCAUGAGAACAGCUCCUCGGCCAAGGGGAUUUGGAAUCGACUCUGUCCGGUGGACAAGAACGGGAAGCGGGAGUUUGAGCCCACCAUGUACGCGCGGCUCGAAAAGCUUGGCUUGGGUCAUAAGAAAGAGAAUCCAGAUUUGCUCACUGAGGAGGAAAUCGAGAAAUUCUGCAUUUUGGACAUCGAUCCAGACACCAUUACCUGGAAACGUGUGACAGACUGCAGUGACAAGUACCUCCGCAAGGUGGAGAUUGGCUUAAGUCCCUCUGAGUUCUCCAAGAAGAAGAACGAGCAGAUGAAGCGCACCUCCUCCUACGGCAUCACCGUGAGCUCGGAGAUCAUGGCGAUUCUGGCGCUGGCGACCGAUCUGAAGGAUCUCCGAAGUCGCCUGGGAAAGAUGAUUUGCUGUUAUUCCAAGAAGGGAGAGCCAAUCACUGCGGACGAUUUUGGCAUCACAGGAGCACUGGCAGUUCUGAUGAUGGAUGCUUUGCCGCCGAACACCAUGCAGACACUGGAGGGCACACCGGCUCUCGUCCAUGCCGGACCCUUUGCGAACAUCGCGCACGGCAACUCGUCCAUCAUUUCAGACCUCAUUGGGCUGAAGCUCGUGGGCAAGGACGGCUAUGUCCUGACCGAAGCGGGCUUCGGCUCUGACAUGGGCGGUGAAAAGUUCUUCAACAUCAAGUGCUACUACAGUGGAUUGAAGCCCGACUGCGCUGUGAUCGUUUGCUCGGUGAGAGCCCUGAAACUCCACAGCUGCGAGGCACCCAAGAUUGUCGCUGGACAAACGCCCGCGAAGGAAUACCGAGAGGAGAAUUUGGAUUUGGUGGAGAAGGGCUGUGCCAACCUGAUCGCCCACAUCCAGAACGUGCGAAAGCAUGGUGUCAAGGCAGUGGUGGCCAUCAACCGCUUUGGCACAGAUACGGAUGCCGAGCUAGCGCUGGUGAAGAAGAUCGCUGAAGAGAACGGGGCCUUUGCUGCGGUCGUCGCGGAGCAUCAUGCCAAGGGAGGUGCUGGUGCAACAGCUCUGGGAGAAGCGGUCAUGGCCGCCUGCAAAACGCCGUCGGACUUCAAGUUCCUUUAUGAUGCCAAGAAAGAUUCCAUCAAGAGCAAGAUUCUCAAAGUUGUUCAAGAGGUUUAUGGUGGAGCAGACGUCAAGUACUCUGAGAAGGCGGAGGCCGUGCUUUCAAGAUACCAAGCGGAUCCAGCCAUCAACUGCCUACCGAUUUGCAUGUCCAAGACCCAGUACUCCCUCUCAGACGAUGCCAAGAAGCUCGGAGCGCCCAAAGGCUUCACCAUCACAGUGCAAGACAUGUAUGUCAGUGCCGGGGCCGGCUUCAUUGUGGUUUCGCUGGGUGACAUUACCUUUAUGCCUGGACUUCCAAUCAAGCCUGCAUAUUACAAGAUCGACUUGGACUUCACACAAGAUCCACCCAGAGUGGUGGGACUCUCAUAG